AUGGGAAGAAAAGGCAAGAAAAUGGAAAAACAAAAACCUACUACCACAGAUACAAUUCAAGGAAACAGGGAUGUUUUUUCUUCAUUUUGUGACGAGCACAAUUAUGCUAUAGAAAUGUUUUGUGUGGAUUGUGACAAAGUGAUCUGUGUUAUUUGCUAUAACACACAGCACAAAAGUGGCAAUCAUCAGAUACUGACAAUUAAAAAAGCAGCUACUAAUUGCGCUAAAACUAAGGAGUUUGCUGAGUAUGAAAACAAUCUUUCUACCAUUUCCACACAAGUGCAUAAAACAUUAAAACAUAAUGAUUUUUUAAAAACAUUAACGGAAAUACUGAAAAGAAAAGUAGAAUCUUCGAUUAAGAAACAGAAACAAUACCUGAUCGAUCUGAUAGAGACACAUAACCGGGAAUUAAAUGAGAGGAAUCAGCAUAAGUACGAAAACGCCAAGACAGGGUUACUUACAUUGAAUGAGCAAUUGAGUAUGAAGGAAAGAGAAACUUUAGAAAUUUGCCAGGAAAUCAAUGAAAAAAAGGAAAGUGGACAAAACGUUGCGUUGUUUAUAGCUAUGAAAAAAUCGCAAGAUAAUUUAGAGCAAAUUGAAAACCAGCUAGAAAAAAAAAUUAUAUUGAAAGGUAACUAUAUGCGAUAUAUCUAUAGAAACUUCUACAUUCAUACUUAA